CUCGCGAGACAACGUGUUUUGCAUCUAGAGCUGCUAGUUGGGAAAGGGAUCCUGAAUUUAUUUCAACCAAAGCUAUUUUUAGCUAGUUAGAGUUCAUUGUACACCACUUCAUAACACAAGUAUCGUUCACAGGAAAAACAUGGCAGAAACCGAUCCAAAGUCAGUUCAGGACCUUACUAAUGUGGUCCAGACGCUGCUGCAACAGAUGCAGGACAAGUUCCAGACCAUGUCUGACCAGAUCAUCGGGAGAAUCGAUGAGAUGAGCACCCGCAUUGAUGACCUGGAGAAGAACAUUGCCGACCUCAUGACCCAGGCGGGCGUGGAGGAGAUAGAAGGGGUGAAAGAACCACAGAUGAAAGAAGGGCAAGGGUCAUGAAGGUUGCCAAGUAACAAGAUGUCAAGGAUUUUCUCCAGGAGUAGCACACCUUUCCACUGUAACCAUUAAUUAUUUUGAUUUGGCGUGUUGUAAAGUUAUUUUUUUAUAUUGACUAUUGCAAUAAAAGUAACAGUUCUUAUGUA